AUGACGAGAAUCUGGAGGCUCUGCUUGCCCGAUGGAGAUGGAGGUUGCUCGUUCAUCAAACGAAAGGCGGAAGAAACGCCAAGCCACAACCGUCGCGCAUCAGUCGGCAGCUGGGGCCUCGCCCUCGCCAGCCCGGAUAACAUGUCCGCCAUCGCGUGCAUCGGCGUCCCCGUCGCGACACGCGCGCUCGCCGCGCGUCGCACGGCCGGGACCGCGGCGUCCGCGAGAUCGACGACCGUCGUCGUCGCGACGCGCGGUGCCGGCGCGUCGCCGCCGUCGGCUCGACUUUGCGGAAAGACGAGCGCGGUCGUCGCGAAGCGCUCGCUUCGAGGGACGUCCGCCCCUUUCGUCGCGCACGCCGCGCGCGGCGAUGCGACGAGGACGAGCGCGGCCGCUCUGGAAGUCGCCGCGCCCGUGGACGGCGAGGAGGACGCGAAGAAGCAGAUGUACGUCAAGAUCGUCAUCGCCGUCGCCGUCGCCGCGCUGGCGCUCGCGUUUCCAUGCGCAUCGCUCGCCGCGGCGAAAGCGAAGGGCGGCGCCGUCGUGGCCGCGGGGCCGAUCCCCUUCCUGCCGUACACGCACAACCAGAUCCUCCACGCGGUGAACCUCGGGUCGUUGCCCGCGUGGUUCUCCCUCGUGUUCCUCCCGCGGUGGAGGCACACGAAGACGAUCACGCUCUUCACCGCGGUGGCGUACUCGCUGUUGUACGUCACCCUCGCGUACGUUCUCUUCUCGAAGGCGAUAUUCUCCCUAGACAUCGCCUCGUUCAGCACGACCGCCGGGAUCGGUCGGAUGUUCUCGGACGCGACGGCGGUGCUCGCGGGGUGGGCGCACUUCAUCGUCUUCGACCUGUGGACCGCGCGCUUCUUCGUCAUGGACUCCGCGAGUGCGGGGAUACCGCACCUGUUGGUCGUGCCGUGCAUUCUCGCGUGCAUGUUCUUCGGCCCGCUCGGGCUGGUGUCUUACGUCACCGUGCGCAAGCUGUGCCAGACGGCGCAGACGCGGAACCCGUUGUCGACGAAGACGUUCAAGUUUUGAAUCGACGCGCGAAGCUCGCGAGAGAGGGGGAGAGAGAGCGAGGAGAGCGCGCGGCUUGCGCGAUAGUUAGCUAGUUUGGCGUUUAGGAGUAAGUUAGAAGUGCGCG